GAAGAAAGGAGUUUAUCCAAAGAUUGAAACUUGAAGCAACUCUAAAUGUACAUGAUGGCUGUGUUAAUACAAUCUGUUGGAAUGACACUGGAGAAUAUAUUUUAUCUGGCUCAGAUGACACCAAGUUAGUAAUUAGUAAUCCUUACAGCAGAAAGGUUUUGACAACAAUUCGUUCUGGCCAUCGAGCAAAUAUAUUUAGUGCAAAGUUCUUACCAUGCACAAAUGAUAAACAGAUUGUAUCCUGCUCUGGAGAUGGAGUUAUAUUUUAUACUAAUGUUGAGCAAGAUGCGGAAACCAACAGACAGUGCCAAUUUACGUGCCAUUAUGGAACUACCUAUGAGAUCAUGACUGUACCAAAUGAUCCUUACACUUUUCUGUCCUGUGGUGAAGAUGGAACUGUUAGGUGGUUUGACACACGCAUCAAAACUAGCUGCACAAAAGAAGAUUGCAAAGAUGAUAUUUUAAUUAACUGUCGACGUGCUGCCACAUCAGUUGCUAUCUGUCCGCCAGUACCAUAUUAUCUUGCUGUUGGUUGUUCUGAUAGCUCAGUACGAAUAUAUGAUCGGAGAAUGCUGGGAACAAGAGCCACAGGGAAUUAUGCGGGUCGAGGGACUACUGGAAUGGUUGCCCGCUUUAUUCCUUCCCAUCUGAACAAUAAGUCCUGUAGAGUGACGUCUCUGUGUUACAGCGAAGAUGGACAAGAGAUUCUUGUUAGUUACUCUUCAGAUUACAUCUAUCUUUUCGACCCAAAAGAUGAUACAGCACGAGAACUGAAAACUCCCUCUACAGAAGAGAGGCGAGAAGAGUUACGGCAGCCUCCAGUUAAACGUUUGAGACUUCGUGGUGAUUGGUCAGAUACUGGACCCAGAGCAAGGCCUGAGAGUGAACGAGAACGAGAUGGAGAGCAAAGUCCCAAUGUAUCACUGAUGCAGAGAAUGUCUGAUAUGUUAUCAAGAUGGUUUGAAGAAGCGAGUGAAGUUGCACAGAGCAAUAGAGGACGAGGAAGAUCUCGACCCAGAGGUGAAACAAGUCAGUCAGAUGUUUCCACUCUUCCUGCGGUCCCAUCAAGUCCUGAUCCGGAAGCCGGUGAGACUGCAAUGGAUGUGGAUGCUCCUGCCGAGCAUUUUCUUCAGCCUUCUACAUCGUCUGCUGCGUCUGCUCAGGCUCAUCCAGUCUGCUCUUCCACCGAAAGCCCCCGCUCCACGUCUUUGCUGUCUUCCCCAGACAGCGCACAAAGGCAGCCUGCUGAUGCCUCUGGACCCCACGCACAUCCUCAGUCUGAAUUUUUAAGGGGCCCUGAGAUAGCUCUGCUCCGUAAGCGCCUGCAGCAGCUGAGGCUUAAGAAGGCUGAGCAGCAGAGGCAGCAGGAGCUGGCUGCUCAGAGGCAGCAGCAGCCUUCCACUUCCGAUCAGUCUCCCCACGAGGGCUCUCCCCGGGACCCUUGUGCUUCAGAUUCUCCUUCUUCUGUGGUUAACAAACAGCUCGGAUCCAUGUCACUUGACGAGCAACAGGAUAACAAUAAUGAAAAGCUGAGCCCUAAACCAGGGACAGGUGAACCAGUUUUAAGUUUGCACUACAGCACAGAAGGAACAACUACAAGCACAAUAAAACUGAACUUUACAGACGAAUGGAGCAGUACUGCCUCGAGUUCUAGAGGAAAUGGAAGCCAUUGCAAAUCAGACGAUCAGGAGGAACCCUUGGUCCCACAGAGUUCAGUGCAAACACCGGAAGGAGAAAGUGGGACGAAAGCUCCUGAAGAAUCAUUAGAGGAUGUGACAAAAGGUCAGGAAGAUGCAACUUCAGAAAGCCAAGUUCAGGAUCGCACAGACAUGGCGCAAUUAGAUAACCUCACACCUGAGCCAUCAGAUCCUACCUCGGGAGAAAGGAGUGCUCUCGCUCUGGAUAGCCCUUGUGGAGUUCUGGCAGAGCCCACUUUGUCUGAAAGAGGCAAGGAAGCGGAGACUUCCGCUCAGAUGAGCAGUGAGAGUGCCACUGAUCCCGAGCCCCAGUCCCAGAUGGAAGCCAUCGGGCCUUCCCCUCGGGAGGAGUCAUCCACCAGGGACUCUGCUCUUCAGGACACAGAUGACAGUGAUGACGACCCCGUCCUGAUCCCAGGGGCAAGGUACCGAGCAGGACCUGGGGACAGACGCUCUGCUGUUGCCCGUAUUCAGGAGUUCUUCCGGCGGAGAAAAGAAAGAAAAGAAAUGGAAGAGUUGGACUCCUUGAACAUUAGAAGGCCUCUAGUAAAGAUGGUUUAUAAGGGUCAUCGCAACUCCAGGACAAUGAUAAAAGAAGCCAAUUUCUGGGGUGCUAACUUCGUCAUGAGCGGCUCCGACUGCGGCCACAUCUUCAUCUGGGACCGGCACAGUGCUGAGCACCUGAUGCUUCUGGAAGCCGACAACCACGUGGUGAACUGCCUGCAGCCGCACCCCUUCGACCCGAUUCUCGCCUCAUCUGGCAUAGAUUAUGACAUAAAGAUCUGGUCACCACUAGAGGAGUCGAGGUUUUUUAAUCGAAAACUUGCUGAUGAGGUUAUAACUCGAAACGAACUCAUGUUGGAAGAGACUAGAAACACCAUUACAGUUCCAGCCUCUUUCAUGCUGAGGAUGUUGGCUUCACUGAAUCAUAUCCGAGCCGACCGCUUGGAGGGUGACAGGUCAGAAGGCUCCGGUCAGGAGAAUGACAAUGAAGACGAGGAAUAAUCAGCUCAUUUUGGCAAGCACUUCGAUGUUCUGAAAUUUGUACAAGACAUUUAUUAUAUUUUUUCUUUACAGAACUUUAGUGCAAUUUUAAGGUUAUGGUUUUUGGAGCUUCCCUUUUUUGGGGAUAACCUAACAUUGAUUUGGAAUGAGUGUAUGCAUGAAUUUGGGAGAGUGUAUAAAAACAAAACUAGCAAAAUGUUUGCGAACUUUUUGCUGUGUAUGAGGAGUGCUAGAAACUGCAAAGUGCAAUAUUUUCCCUCUCCUUCAGAUGUGGGAGCUUAGAUCAAUGUUGAAGAGUAAUUUUCAUUAUAGUGAAAAUGUUGGUUCAAAUAAAUUUCUACACUUGCCAUGUGCAUGCUUGAUGCUUUCUAAUUAAAGAAGUU